GCCGAGUUUGCUCGUGCCCAGAACGCUUUCAAUGUAAAUGUUUCCGCCGCAAGAGGGUUGUACGAUGUCCUAAAAACUAAUUUAGGUCCCAAAGGGACAAUGAAAAUGCUGGUGUCAGGAGCAGGCGAUAUCAAGAUCACUAAAGAUGGCAAUGUUCUCUUGCACGAAAUGCAAAUACAACACCCUACCGCAAGCUUAAUUGCUCGUGUUGCGACUGCACAGGAUGAUGUAACGGGUGACGGUACAACUUCAACCGUGCUACUUAUCGCCGAACUUUUAAGACAAGCUGAACAAUUCACAUCUGAAGGCCUUCACCCGAGAAUCAUUACUGAAGGCUUUGAGAUGGCAAAAACCCAAGCUCUCGAUAUUCUCUCUAAAUGUCGAAUAGACUGUCCUUCAAACUCGCUUGACAGAUCCAUUCUCCUUUCUGUAGCCAAAACCUCAUUGGGAACUAAAGUUCAUCUAGAAUUAGCCUCUAAGUUAGCUGAGGACCUUGUCGACGCCGUUUUGGCCGUUUUUAAUCCUCUCGAAGCACUCGAUCUUCAUCGGAUUGAGAUAAUGCAGAUGCAACAUAAGGUUGACAUGGAUAGCUCUUUAGUCAAAGGUCUCGUCCUUGAUCAUGGUGGACGACAUCCGAAUAUGCCGAAGCGUUUAUCCAAUGCAUUUAUAUUGAUUUGCAACGUAUCUCUUGAGUAUGAAAAGACUGAGGUGAACGCUGGAUUUUACUACAAGUCCGCCGAGGAGAGAGCUAUUUUCGCAAAAUCAGAGCGAGCAUUUAUUGAUCAACGGGUCAGCAAAAUAAUCGAACUCAAACGCAAAGUCUGUGACGCAGGUCAAACUGGACAGGGCGACACUAAGCCUGGCUUUCUUGUAGUAAACCAAAAGGGAAUAGACCCUUUCUCUCUCGAUGCGCUUGCUCGUGAAGGAAUAUUGGGUCUUCGUCGUGCUAAACGGAGAAAUAUGGAACGCCUUGCACUUGCAUGUGGUGGAUUUGCUGUUAAUUCUGUAGAUGACGCUAACACCGAUUGCCUUGGUUUCGCUGGACUUGUCUAUGAAUAUGCAAUGGGGGAAGAAAAAUAUACCUUCAUCGAAGAAUGCAAGAACCCUCAUUCAGUGACUCUACUUCUUAAAGGACCAAACAAAUAUACACAAACUCAAAUCAAAGACGCCGUUAAUGAUGGUCUCAAAGCAAUCAAAAAUACUAUAGAAGACGGAUGCGUUAUACCUGGGGCAGGUGCAUUUGAAAUAAUUGCUCAUAGAGCUCUUACAUCGUUUAGCGAAACU